UUUUUUACUUGCUCCAUCCAUAACAAGAAUGAUUCAAUGUUCAAAAUUAUCAUUUAGAGGUUGAAAAGGGCAUCGUUUAUCUGAAGCCUGAGAUCUGUUUCAGUUUUAUACUCGACCAAAGUGCAGUGAAUAGAGUGGACGUCUUCUCUUAUAAGAAAUGCGUUCUCCCCAUAGUGGCCAGACUCCCUUCUGUCUGGAGAAUAUGGAAUCUUACAACAGAAUCAUGAGCAUUCCAAUAGUCACUAGUGGAAUGAAUAUCGCAGAAAAUAUGUACGGUCGAAUAAAGAAAACCAAUAACAUGCUUUCUUGGACUUUGGAUCAAGCCGAAGAUACCAUCAAGGCAGUCACCCAUAACCCUGCGAUUGGUCUACUAGAAACGCCACUGAAUACAAUUGACAAAGUCAUCUGCAAAAGUUUGGAUAUUGUCGAAAGUAAAAUACCAUCUAUAAAUCUACCUCCAAAAAUGAUCUAUUCGAAUACAAAAGACUAUCUAUCUGAAGUUAGUACAAAAAUCGUGAAACCUGUCCUGAAAAGAGCUGAUUCAGUGAAACAAAUGGGAAACACAGUUUUAACCAGCAAAUACACUGAAUAUGCUGCUGACAAACUGGAUGAUGCACUUGACGUAGCCGAUGCAUAUAUCGAUAAAUAUUUUCCAGAUCAAGAAGACUCGAAAUUGAGCAAAGAUAUUGUAUCUCCAACCAAUAAUAAUCGUGCACUCCAUACAAUGAAACACGUCGACAGAGUAUCAAAAAAACUGAAAAGAAGAUUAACCAAAAGAACACUCGAACAUGCCAAACUCAUCAAAGAACAAGGAACAGAAGCGAUUCACGUUUUGAUCUAUGUUGCAGAAUUGAUCUUUACUGACCCCAAACUAGCACUUCAGAAAGCGAAGGAACUUUGGGCUGAGCUCAGUAAGAACGAACCUGAAAACCAAGCUCGCCCAAAAAAUGUAGAAGAAUUAUUUGUUCUGGUGGUCAGAGAAUCCGCACGUUGUCUUGUUCACUUGAUCAAUUACUGUAGUACAGAAAUCACCAGAUUACCGAGAUUGAUUGUCAAAACUAUCGAAGGAACCAAGUCUAUUGCUGUGAGGAACACCCGCGCUUUGAUCCAGAGCUUGCCUUUGGAAGAAGUGGAUAAUUUACUUGCUGAUGCGAUGAAAUUCAUACGCCAGGAAAUCAAAUCAUUUACCUAUCAAGUACUGGAACAAGCUCGCUUGCCAGAACCAAUAACUCCAGCUCAACCAGUUACAAUAGCCUUGGCGGUGCCGAAAAUAGAAAUUUAUUCCAAAGCAGCCAACAGCAAAGCAAACAGUAAUUCCAGUACCCAACAUCGUCACCGCCAUCACAGCGAUCACCAUGGCCACCAAGGACACGCUCAACACGUGCAACUACUGCAUGAUCAACACACAGCCUCCGCACAGAAGAAAAAUGGUUCUCAUUCUUCUCUACAUAAGCGAGAAAGCUCUGAGUCGAAGGAGGAUUGACAUCAGUUGGGCAGAUUUCGACUGCUUGCUUAAUUUUUAUAAUCUUAUUGUGCUAUCAUUAUUAUUCAAAAUUAAAAUUAUUUUCUAAUGUUA